AUGACCAUUGGCACUCCAUCCUUGACCUUUCGCCGUCUUCACCCCACGUUUGGUGCCGAGUGUGAGGGCGUGGACUUCUCGCAACCAGUCCCGGAUGCCGUCAUCGAAGAGCUUCGUGCCGCGAUGGCCACAUACGGCGUCUUGGUCUUCCGCGCCACCAAACUUGACGAUGCGCGCCACUUUGCCUUUGCGCGUCAAUUAGGCGAACCGAUAGUGGAUAACAUGGUCGGGGCACCGGGAGUGCCAGAUCGACUUGGUACUAGAGGCAAGCUUAUGGAUGUUGGGAAUGUGGACAGCAAGGGUCAGGUCUUAUCGCCAUCGUCUUGGCGAGCGCAGCUAUUGCGGGGCACACGCCUCUUCCACGUAGAUGGCUCCUUCGCCCAACGCCGAGCGGGAUAUAGCCUCCUCCGAGCGCACAAACUGCCCCCAAAGGGAACCGGCGGCGCUACGGCAUUUGCCGACACCAGGACUGCUUAUGCGGAUCUCGCUGAGGAGACAAAAGCCGAAAUUCAGAAUUAUGUGCUAUGGCAUUCAAUCAUGCAGAGUCGAUGUCUAGGAGCCCCGGAUAAUUGGUUCAUCAGGUUGGUGGCUGCCGUCUCCGACCUGGAUGACCUGCGUCGUAUUCCAUAUCUGAUGGUGGUGGGUCUCAUAGCCCGUAUAUUGGGGAUUUGGGUCGAUAUUGUGGACAUCAGCCUACUCCUGAUAUACUGUUUCGUUUUGGUGCGGAUCUGGGUGCUGUGUUGGUUGCCCGCGGCUGUAAGAGCGCGUGGACGUCAUCAACUUGCACAACUGCACAAGCCCAGCAAUCGAAUGAAUCUGUACAUGGGAUCACAUGCAUACCGGAUAGACGGGAGGAGCAGGGCUGACAGCAAGCCCGUAAUUGAUGCUUUGAUGCGGCACGCCAGUCAGGACAAAUAUGUGCUCACCGUGGACUGGCAGAACGAUGGAGACAUGAUUAUGUGGGACAAUACUUGCGUGAUGCACCGAUCAUGUGGUGGCUCAUAUCAAGGACGGUAUGUGCGUGAUAUGCGCAGGGCCGCAAUCUAUGACUCCGCGUAG